UUGUUUCUUCAUUCCCAUUCCACUCCCAACUUUCCACUCUCUCUUUCUUAAGAACUCAUCACGAAACAAAACAUCUUUCGAGUCUCGGAUCCCUCUCAAACAGAUUUGAAAUCAUUCUCUUCAAUGGAAGCUGCUCUCAGCUCAGACAUGGAUGUCCUUGAUUACAUCAAGAAUCAUCUUCUCGGAGAGUUCUCUCCGAUGAGCAAAAGCUUUGCUCUUACUGAGCUAAGCGCCUCCUCCUCCUCCUCCUCCUCUUCCUCGUCCUCGGAUCUAUCUAGAUCUCAGUCCAGUUCGUUGUCGACUUCUCAAUCUUCCAUUGAAAUCUCUGAUUACCUCGACAAUGAACUCUUCGACUUCACCUCGAAUAAUCCAAUCCCUAAUGAUUAUUUCUUUGAGUUCGAAACCAAGCCACAAGUGAUUGACCUCACAACCCCCAAACCAACUUAUUUGUCCUCCCAAACUUCCUUUGAAUUUGACUCCAAGCCUCAAGUUACCAACACUAGUUUCUUUGAAUUCCAACCGGAGGUUCAGAUCUUGAACCAAACAGCUCCCAAACCGGUCACUUCUGCCCGGAAACCGGCCCUCACCAUCUCUCUCCCCAACAAGACCGAAUGGAUCCAGUUCUCGAAAUCCGAGAAGCCUCCAGUGGUCCAGAAAACGGUUCAGAAUGAGGAGAGGAAGAAGCACUACAGGGGGGUCCGACAACGGCCGUGGGGCAAGUACGCGGCGGAGAUCCGAGACCCAAACCGGAGAGGCUCCCGGGUCUGGCUCGGGACCUUUGACACAGCCAUCGAGGCAGCUAAGGCUUACGACCGGGCGGCGUUCAAGCUCCGAGGCUCCAAAGCCAUCCUCAACUUUCCUCUCGAAGCGGGAAAAUCUGACCCGCAGCCCAAACCAGCAGCCGUGGUUGAGAGAAAACGUCGUCGUGAGGUGGAAGUGAAACCGGAACCCGUGGUGGUGAAGAAGGAGAAAGUAACGGUGUCGGAGGAGGCUGUGAGUUAUAUUAAGGAUAUGCCGUUGACACCGUCGAGUUGGAAGGCGGCGUAUUGGGACUCCGAUUCGGAUAUGAAAGGGAUCUUCAACGUUCCGCCGUUGUCGCCGUUAUCUCCCCACCCGGCGAUGGGUUUUUCACAACUUAUGGUCGUAUGAAAUUUACAAAAAAAAUAAAAAGACUAAUUUUAUUUUUCAUUGCCGCCGAGUUGUUAUAGAUUAGACCUUUAUUAUUCUUUUUAAUCUGUUGAAGAAAAUGGUAUAUAUUGUUCCCGUAUAUAUAUGAUUGAUAUAUAUACGUGGGAAUUUUCGAUAAUGGAGAGAAUUGCGUUGAUAUAGUUUGUAUUCCCA